AUGUCUCGGCACGACGACGACUACUCUCGCGGCCGUGAGCCCUACCACAGGGACCGGACCCCAGAAUACACAUAUACGAGUGGCACAGCCGCCGGAGCACCACCACCAACCUAUCUCAUGCCCGAGGCUCCGGCAACACACGGCGGCUCAGACGCCCCCACGAGCAUCGCCAGCCCAGGCUACACGACAUACAACGGCGCAAGGUCCCAAGCGCGGCUGCUGACGUAUGAGCCCGCCCAAGGGCAGCUCUACCUACCGGCGCCGCCGCAUUCGCCGUCGACGCUGCAGAUCCCCGAGUCGCGCUCGCGGCCAAGGUCCCUGCCGCCGGUGAAAUAUCGCCGGCAUUCUCGCGAGCUGCAGAAGCAUAGGAGCAGGAGCCGCAACAGACGUGGUAACAGUGACUCAGACUCGGACUCGGACGCCAGCAACCGAGCGCGCACGCCCGUCGACAAGGCGCGCGGCUUCGUGGAGGGCGCCUUCACAGACUCGCCGACGGGCCUUGGUGUGGGCGUGCUGGGCGCUUUGGUCGGCGGGCUGGCGGCAAGGGAGGCUGUUGAAGUUACAGGGCGACAUAAUGGUAGUCAUGGCCACCACCACGACCCGGACCACAGGCGCAGCCAGCUGAUCAGCACCGUGGUCGGCGCGGCGGUUGGGGCACUGGGCGCUAAUGCGUUCGAGAAGCGCAUCGAGAAGAACAACGGGCAGCGCGAGAGGGAGAGGGAGAAGGAGAGGGAUAGGGUGAAGCAUGAGCGGCGGGAGCGUAGGUGGCGGCGGCCUUAUUCGGGGGAGGCGCGCGAGAGGCGUGAGGUUCAUCAAGUCGCGGCGCGGCCAAGGAGUGGUGGUGGUGGGGGACAUGGUAGGAAUGGGGAUGGGAAGCGGGAUUCCUGGGGGAAGCGGGAUUCUUGGGACGAAAGGGAUAUGGAUAGGGGAAGUGGAAGUGCGAGGGAACGCGGUGUGGUCGAGCGCGAGGUCGAUCCCGAGGCGCGCAGCUGGAGGAAUGUCGAGGAUUGGCUUUAUGAUGAUCGGCAUGUCCGGCCUCGGUCGAGUGGGAGUGGACAGGGGAGUUUGGAUUCUUAUCGGUACUGA